UCACUAGUUGCUGCGGUGGCCAACCAGAGAGGUGGAGCCAUCGGACCAAUCGGUGCAGAUGAUGGUGGAGGAGAGAAAUGGGGGAGAGAGAAGAGGGGAGAGAGAAGAGGGGAGAGAGAAGAGUGUAGAGAGAAGAGGGAAGAGAGAAAGGGGGAAGAGAGAAGAGGGGAGAGAGAAGAGGAGAGGAAAGAGGGGAGAAAGAGGGAGAGAGAAGAGGGAGAGAAAAGAGGGGAGAGAGAAGAGGGGAGAGAGAAAGGGGAGAGAAAAAGGGGGAGAGAAGAGGGAGAGAGAAGAGGGAGAGAGAGAAGAGGGAGAAAAGAGGGGAGAGAAGAGAGAGAGAAAGGGAGAGAAAAGAGGGGAAGAGAAGAGGGGGAGAGGAAGGGGAGAGAGAAGAGGGGCUGCACAUUCUACCCCGCCAUGCUACCUCACCUUACGGUGUGCCAUCCCAUGAUGGUGGUGCGGGAACAUGCCAUGCUACA